AUGCUGCCAGGCCAGGGGCACCGGAGGUUGGGCAUGCUGGUCCACUUUCGGACCUCGACUGCAGGGCUCUCCAUGGUGUUGGGCCAGACAUGCACUGGCCAUGUGAGCUGGAGGCAGGACGCGCACGCAGUUUCUGAUCCCGGGUGGCACUCGCCCCCGAUCCCCCGCCCAUGA